GAAUUGGACGUCGAGUGCAUCGUUUGUAAUAAAACGUUGCAAAAAAUUAACCACGAUCCGCACGAAGUGUGCUUUAAAAUGAGGAAAAUAACCAGCCGUCGAUCCAGAACACCUAAUUGGUCGCUGGAAGAGAAACAGUACUUGCUCGAUCUAAUCAAGGAAAGAAAAGAAGUUGUUGUUAACAAAAGCAGCAAUGGACCUAAUUAUUCCGAAGAAAAGGACGUAGCUUGGAAUGAGAUAUUACGCAAUCUGGCAUUGAAGUUCGGAACUAAAUUCAGCGAUUUUUCUCUUAAAAAAGUAAAAACUCAAUGGCAGAAUAUGAAGCGAAUUGCACGUGAGGAAAUAUCACUGAAUGGCGCCGCUGUUCAAAAUUACACAAGACAGUCAUUUGAAGUUUGUAACAUUCUUGAAUUAGUAAAGGAUGGUGUUCUAAGAAAAGAUAAUGAACAUAAUAUUAGCGAACCUAACAUCGAGCCUCUAAAUGCUAACAUCGAAAUUAAAACUGAAUGUAUAGACGAAGAUAUGUCUGAACCAAGCUGUAGUGCGGUCGAUUACUCUACAAGAAGUACUCAAGAGACAAUAAAUGAUGUAACAACGGUGCUUGAAUCUUCGGUAUCUGAAUCUUCAACAUCAUCAACUUUGCACACCGAAUAUGUAACGGAUACAGAUAAACAAGAAGCGAAUAUUCCAAACGCAGAUAAUAAGAAGACAGCUGAAACCAUGACAGAUUUUACCAGUAAUGCAGACAAUAUGCUUCCAAAAGAGUUCCUUGACUUUAUGAGGCAUUCAACAACAAUGAAAGAUCUUAAAAUGGAAUCUCUAAAAGAAGAGAGACAGAUUGUGAGGGCAAUGAGGGAGACAGCAGAAUUGAAUAAAAUUAUAGCCGAACAGAAAUUAAAGCACGUGUUAUGGGUGAAGAAGCAGGAAAUGGCGUAA